ACCAAGCCCAAUGCCAGCUGCCUUAAUCUCACGCCGAGCCAAAAGACGAAAUUUUUGAGGUGAGGAGAUAAAAAGGUACAUCAAUUAAAUAAUGGCGGUCUACAAUCAACAGUUGUUGGAGUUUAGUGACAUCUCUAAAAAUUGCAUCAUUCAAAAACUGCACCUUCAAUAUCUGAACUCGGAGUACGUCGACGUAACUUUGCAAAUAAACUCCCGAAAAAUAUCUGUUCAUAGCUUUCUUCUGGCAGCAGAGAGUGAUUACUUCAAGGAAAAGCUGAAAGUGGCUUCCGGUCAUCAUAUUUAUAUAGACCUCUCACAUGUUUGUAGUAAUUUCUCUUACUUAGAAAGCAUAAUCAACUACCUUUAUAAGCGACAAAUCUGUCUAGGUAACUACAACAUCAAAGGGAUUUUGAAAAUUUGUCAUUAUUGCUCAUUUAAACGAUUGCUGCUUCACACGAAACAAUUCCUUUUGACUAGAAUUAGACCUACCAGUUGCUUAAAAAUUUGGAGAAUUGCGAGAAAGUUUCAUUUUUGGGAAAUUGAAAAAAUGGCUUUGAUUUUAAUGCAGGAAUUAUUUUGGGAGGAAAGGAUGAUGACUAUGCUUAAAUUUACCGCAGAUAAAGAAUUGUCAUACUUGUUGGACCAUGCUCCGUUUCCAAGGAAAGUGACAAAUGCUUACAGGUUCCUUAUUUCUUGGGUAGAGGAAGAUUUUUCAAAAAGACUUGCAAAUGCUCAUAAAUAUUUCUCGAAGUUUAUCCCCAAAAUGUACCUAGAGCAUGUGAUUAAAGAAAUGAACCAAACGAACGAAGGUGAAUCUGAAAAAAAAUCUUUUUUGAAGCGAUUAUAUUAUAAUAAAGAAAUAAGCGAAAAAAUGACUCCAUUUGUUGAUGCCAGUUGGGUUGUGGUGUUGAAAGAGAGAGAGUAUUUAGCUAUUUAUUUCUCAGCAGAAAAUAGAUGGAUGAAAAUACUUGCGACUUUGACCAGCAAAGUAAUUGGUAUUCUUGGGAGCGAUAUAGUGAUUUUAGACGAAUGUGAACAUAAAAUAAAAAUGUUGAAUAUGAUAUCCUGGUGUGCUUGUUUCAUAUCAACUCCCCACACGGUAGAGAGAUUACUAGUUAGCCAGUAUUUUUGUUUGAAUACUGGCAUACAUAUUGCAUGUUGCACAGCAUUCGGUAAAGGGAUCAGAUUACAGAUUAAAAUCUACGAAAAAGUUUGGAAAAUCUCGGCUAGCAUUGUGUUUCGUGAUUGGAAAGGUGACUGCAAAAUGAAAAUAGAGGCGGACCCAGAAAUCUUUGAUACAAUUUAUAUUUUUCUAACCUUCUGCGAAUGUGAUAACGAUCUUCUCAAUGCCGAUAAAUUCGUUAUUCUACGAUAUGACAGCUUAAAUAAGCGAUUCAGAAUUAUUUUUGAAUCGAAAUCUUGGGCUGCGUCAGUAAACUGCAUGAUUCUUUUCCGCAACAAAGACAUACAUAUCAUUAAAGAAAAUCUGAGUAAACCCUUUAUAGAUCAGUGUAAGUCUGGCUCACUUACAGCUACAUCAAUACUCGAUCGAAACAAUACCAUAACUGCCAAUAUACCCAUCGCCACUUACCGCCCACUCCGCCCUGACAACGUGACACUUUCAAAAAAUAUUCUUUAUUUUGCGGCACAUUUUGACUCUAUUCACUAUUGUUCUUAUUCUUCGAAACUGUUUUUGUUAGAGCAUGUAGCACCAUUUAUCACAAGAGUUUUUGUCUAUGAUAUAUUAAAUGGGAACAAAUGGGUUGAGUUGUCACCCAGUCCAUUGUCUAAUAUACACGAAGUGACAAUCGAUGUGUUUAGCCGAAAUUCUGUUUUGAAAGGAGGGUUUCAUGCAAAUAACGAAAAACAGCCAAUUUCUACGAAAUAUUAUCCAUUUAUAAAUCUGCAUAUUGAUAAAUGGAAUGGUAUAAUGGAGCUGGAACAAUCAGAUUUAUUCAAAGAAAAACGGCUUAUUUCGGUUUCAAAUUGAUGUUUGAACCUGAAGCGAUUUUAGAAACUGUAAAAGAAUAUUUACUUGUGAAAGCAUUUUUAUGAAAUAUGAAAAUGGGUGCAAAACUGGUAGUUGUCAUUUAGAUUUUUUUUCUAUAGAAAUUGUAUUUUAAAUGAACAUGAUCCAUUUUAUUCAUUAUAGAACAGCAAUGAAAUUGAUAAAGACAGUUGGUUACCUGUUAGUUUCAUCUCUUCAUAUUCUGAGGUCAAAUACCAUUAAGGUUGCUCUUAAUUUUAUUCCUCCAAAGGGAAUCAUUGGAGCGUUGGUGGCCCCAAACGACUGUAUACAAUCAUAAAAGGCAAUCGGUUUUGGCUGGAAAAACCAUGAUUUAGCUAAUAUACAAUCUUUCUUUGAAUUGAUAUCAGUUUAGGUUGAUUACUUGAAUCUUUAGAACGUCGGAUAAUACAUUGAAGUAUUUGUUCUGGUUAUUUACAUGCUGAGUUCAAUUCCUCCAAAA